CGGUUUUUCUCUUUCUUCAAACCCAUAGAUGGAGUUUACCUGUAAUUAUAUUUGUAAUAAAAGUUGUUAUUUGUGCCAUAGGCCUAAAUCUAGCCGUAAUUGUAGAAACAUUUUCAAUUCUAAAAUGUUAGGCCAACAGAAACAGGUAUAGGCCCCCGAAAAAAAACUGGCCGUUAUUCUCUGUGCAGUGUACUCUCUGUGUACUGUGUGGUCUGUGAACAAACUGACCUGGCUUGUCCUGCUCGACGAACAGCUGAUUGAGAUUGCCCUCUCUUCAGUGACAACUUUAUUCUGAUAUUUGGAUUCCUAAAGAUUGCAAAAUAUGCCUGCUGCGGCCAAGCUUCUUCGUGCCAUUAUAAUGGGCGCCCCUGGGUCGGGGAAAGGCACAAUUUCUUCACGAAUUGUUCAGGACUUUGCCAUGAAACAUUUGUCCAGCGGAGACCUGCUGCGAAAACAAAUCCACGAUAAAACUGCAUAUGGUUUGACGGCCAAAAUGUACAUCGAAAGAGGAGAUUUAGUUCCUGACCAGGUGAUGGUGCGAAUGAUCAUGUACGAGCUGACCUCUAUACACAAUUCCAGCUGGUUGUUGGAUGGAUUUCCAAGAACUGUUGAGCAAGCCAAAGCCCUUCUACGUGAUCAGCCGAUAGACAUCGUGCUCAAUCUCAGGGUUCCUUUUGACGUGAUCAUUGACAGAAUCAAAGGCAGAUGGACUCACCCACAGAGUGGUCGGAUUUAUCACACAGAGUUCAAUCCUCCAAAAGAACCAGGUGUGGAUGAUGUGACAGGCGAACCUCUAAUGCAACGUGACGAUGAUAAGGAAGAAACUGUGAAGGCUCGUCUCGAGCAUUACAGGCGAUUGACGCAUCCUGUCUUGCAGUUUUUCAGGAACAAGGGGAUGGUUGAGGAAUUUACUGGAAAUUACAGUAAUGAAAUCUGGCCCUUAGUACACCAGUCUCUGUCCACACAGCUGAAGCCCCUACAGUACACACGCUACGAGUAGAGGUGAAGCAAAGGUGUGCAUCCAGUGGUAAAGGCUUUCCAAACCUCUCUGUAUUAUUGUUAUUGGAUGCUUAGUUUUUGUAAUGUAUACUAUCACCACAUGUUUUUUGUCUCCAGCCAAAUUUUAUCUUUUUUUGUGAUUACUGUCACAUUAAUCCAUCUUGUAGAGUAAAAAGAAAUGUUCCAAAGUAAUUUUGAAUAUUUGUAUCGACAUUUUUUUGAAAACUAUAAUGUUGAGUAAAUUAUUUACUCUUUUAGAUUGUGACAAGAUUUUGCUCACAGAAGGGGAAUAUAGGGCACAUCUUCAUUUAGAUUAUAUAUUUUUACUCUUCAAGGGCAUUUCCUCAUCAUUGUUCAGUCUCUUUUUGCGCAUUUUCUAUUGAAAAAGGGAUUGUUUAACAUUCCCCUAGCUCAGUUCUUAUGUGCAUCUGUUAAUGAAAUAAGGUUUGUUGAUUAAAAAAAAAA